AUGGCUGAGGUGGCGCACAUUAGGGCUGUGGGUGACAUGGAAGAUGUCUCAAGUAAAACAGAACAUGUAAGCGUCACCGAGGACCAAGAGGAUAAGCAGAAGAGAAAAGAAAUGUCCAACGGGCAGGACAAAAAGAUUGACAAGGCACAGGUGAAUGGCGUGGAAAACAAGGGAAAAGAAAAGACGAGUGGUGAUAAAAAUAGAAGAAGGAAAACCACUAAGGCAGUAGAAGAAGAAGCGCCACCUGACACGACUGAAGAAAAGAAUGUUUCUGAUGUUAUGCUUAAAAAGGAGAAACUGUUGCGAUCCAAAAAACCUGUGGCCAGAAGUUACGUGCCCAAUGCGAACAAAGAAAAGAGCGACGUGACGGGAAAGUUUGAGGCUAUGCAAAAGGCCAGAGAGGAGCGCAGCAGGCAGAGGAACAGGGAUGAGCAGCAGAAGAGGAAAGAGCAGUACAUCAAGGAGAGGGAAUGGAACCGCAGGAAGCAACAGAUAAAAGAACUUCUUGCUUCCAGUGAUGAGGAGGAAGAGGUAAAGUCAGCAAAAGUGGAGAAAUCCUAUGUCCCCAAAAUCACAGGUAGUGUGAAGGGGAAGUUUGCUGAAAUGGAAAAACAAAGGCAAGAGGGGGAGAGGAAGAAGAUGGAAGGUGAGAGAAAGAGGAGGGAGACCCAAGACAAUCUGGAAAAAGAUAAAAUCAAAAGGGAAUUGGCCAAGAAGGCGGCUGAGGAGGGAGAUGACAGCAUCCUUGUAAGGGUGGUUCCUGCUAAGCCGUCAAGAACUCCUGGAAGAAUCAAAAUGAACUUUGAGGACAUGGAGAAGAGUCGAGAAGAGGAACUGAAGAAGUCAGCGGAGGAAGAGAAAAAAAGACGCUACGAUGAAAACAGACUCUCUUUCAGGGAGGCCAAGCGGCGCUCGAUUCUCACAGAGGAAGAUGCGGAAAAGCCUGUACAGAAGCCACUGGUGUCCCCGGGAAAGCUAAAGAUGACAUUUGAGGAACUGGAGAGGGAAAGGCAGGACCAGAAAAGAAGACAGGCUGAGGAAGAAGCCAAGCGCCGUCUCGAGGAGGAAAAGAAAGCUUUUGAGGAUGCCCGACUUGGAUUGGUAAAUGAUGAAGAAGAUGGAAAUCAGGCACCACGCACUGAUGACAAGGAGGACUUCAGGCCUGGAAAACUGAGGUUGAGCUUUGAAGAACUUGAGAGGCAGCGAGUUGAGGAGGAGCGCAAGAAAGCUGAGGAAGAGGCCAAGAGGCGAAUGGAGGAGGAGAGAAGAGCUUUUGCUGAAGCCAGAAAGAGCAUGCUUGUUGAUGAAGAUGACGAGGCUCUGAUGGCCCUGCUGAACCUGGAGGGCAGUGAACCUGGAAAAAUCUGUGCCAGUUUUGAGGAGUUGGAGCGCCAGAGAAGAGAAGAAGAGCACAAGAAGGCAGAGGAGGAGGCCAAGAAGAGACUGGAUGAGGAGAAGAGACUCUUUGCAGAGGCACGCAAAAGCAUGCGCCCUGGCCUGGAUCAUGAGAGCUCUGCAUAUGGACAUGAAACAGUUCUAGAUGAAGAGGAUGUAUUGGUCAGAACAGAAUCCCAGGAGGCACUCAACCCUGGAAAACUGGAGAUGAACUUUGAGGAGCUGCUGAAGGAGAAGGAGGAGGCUGAAAAAAGACGCAAGGCGGAGGAACGCAAACAAAAACUGGAGCAGGAGAAGCAAGAGUUUGAACAACUCCGACAAGAGAUGGGCGAGGAAGAAGUGAAUGAAAGUAGCAAUGUUGUGAACAGAGAGUAUGAAGAGUUGACCAAACUUAAGAGGACGGGCUCCAUCCAGGCCAAGAAUUUAAAGUCCAAGUUUGAAAAGAUCAAGCAGCUGACUGACGAGGAGAUUCAGAAAAAGAUUGAUAUGGAGCGAGCUCGGAGGAAGGCUGUGGAUGAUGAGAUUAAAGAGCGGGAAUCUGAACGGUUCCAGGAGGAGGAUGAAGAAAGCCAAAUGACUCUGGCAAAGGGUGAAGAGUCUCCAUUCAAACAGAAGGUGGACAUGCGAGCCCGGUUUGAACAAAUGGCCAAAGCCAGGGAGGAUGAGGAGAGAAGAAGGAUAGAGGAGCAGAAACUACAGCGAAUGCAGUUUGAACAACAAGAGAUUGAUGCUGCCCUCCAAAAAAAAAAGGAGGAUGACGUAGAGGACGAGGCAAGCAUCGUCAAUGGCUCCUACGAGGAUGAUGAAGAUCACGCUAGGUCGGGCGCCCCGUGGUUCAAAAAACCUCUCAAAAACCAGUCUGUGGUGGAUUCGGAGCCAGUUCGCUUCACUGCCAAGAUCAUUGGGGAGCCCAAGCCAGAGGUCACCUGGUGGUUUGAGGGAGAGAUGCUACAAGACUGUGAAGACUACCAAUACAUCGAGAGAGGCGAAACAUACUGCCUCUACUUGCCAGAGACCUUCCCUGAGGACGAGGGAGAGUACAUGUGCAAGGCAGUGAACAGCCGAGGCACGGCAGCAAGCACUUGCAUCCUCACGAUAGAAAGUAAGACCACCCUGGUGUGA